AUGGCCAGACAUCUAAAAAUGAAAAUAUUAAAAUGUUGUUGGUCACCUGAUGAAAAUUGUGAUUUUGCAGCAGAUGCUAUUCAUUCUAGAAGGAAGUUUAGACAUGAGUGGCUAAAGACCUCUGCUCCUUGGUUCACAUAUUCAAUAAGUGUAAAAGGAGCAUUAUGUUUGUACUGUGUUCUUUAUCCUCCUGCUUCUGUAUCAGUGGAAGAUGUUUUGGGAUCCUUUAUUAUUAAGCCAUUCACGAGUUAUUAUGUCAUGCAUGAAGCUUGUAAACAUCAUUUUUCAUAUCAGUGGUACAAAGCAUCAGUAAUCGCUUCCAAGAAGUUUCUAGAAAAUGAUUCUGUAAAUGCUAGACUAGCUUCUGGGAACGUAAAAGAAACGGAAGAAAAACGUAAUAGCGUCAAUAAUUUCCCCAAUCAUAUUUUGUGGAACCCAUGA